AAGUGUACAGAGCCGUGCAGUAAAGACCGAUUAAAUCGUCAUACUGGAGAAACAGCUGCAAACCAAGUAGAUACGGGUGACAGCAGGUGCAGUAACGGUGUCCAGCAGAAAGGCAAGAUGUUGUCAGAUGCUCAGCUCUUUGAUUUGGAGUUUGAAAAGUUGGUGUCUGAACUUACAGAGCAGGAUUUCACUGAUCCAGUUCUCACUGAUGCCCUCAACAGACUCAGAGAGGUGCUUCGGUACAAUGCUCCUGGAGGCAAGAGAAACCGAGGCUUGUCUGUGUUUGGUUCGCUACAGGAGCUGGUCUCUCCUUCUGAACUGCCACCUGAUGAAGUUCACAGAGCCCUUUUGGUUGGAUGGUGCAUUGAACUGCUUCAGGCUUUUUUCUUGGUGUCUGAUGACAUUAUGGAUGCAUCCCUGACAAGAAGGGGUCAACCCUGUUGGUAUAAGAAGGAAGGUAUUGGUCUGGAUGCCAUUAAUGAUGCUUUUCUCCUGGAGGGGGUGAUCUACCGCCUUCUUCGCAGACAUUGCAGAGGACAGCGCUACUAUAUUCAUCUUCUUGAGCUUUUUACUGAGGUAACACACCUAAAAGAUUCAUUACUCUGUUACAGCAAUAGAGACCUGCUCCCGCGAGUGGGAGAGUUCUUUCAGAUACAGGAUGACUACUUGGAUUGUUAUGGUGACCCCGCAGUGACUGGAAAGAUUGGCACGGAUAUCCAGGACAACAAAUGCAGCUGGCUGGUGGUGACCGCACUGGGCAUCAUGACACCUGAACAGAGGGCAGAACUAGAGGCAUGUUACGGACAUAGUGAUGCUGAAAGUGUUGAACGGGUCAAGACUUUGUACGAUACUCUGGAAUUGCCUAUCCGAUACCAUCAACAUGAGGAGGAGAGCUAUCGCCGUCUUCAAAAACUCAUCCAGCUGCAUGCCAAGAAUCUGCCUCACGCUGUGUUUCUUAAUUUUGCCAAGAAAAUAUAUAAGAGAAACAAAUAAGCCGUGGUUCAAAGAAAGGAAAGGGACUUCACUAGUGGAUUUUUAGGCACACAGACUUGGGUGAAAUAAAGAUGCAGGGAGGGAUUUUAGUGGUUGAGUAAAUAUGGAAAUGGUAGGUUUUAUCCGCACUUUAAAUAUACUGUCAAGAGUUGAAUUAUUUGUCAUAACUAUUUGUGUUUUCCCCUUUUAUUGUUGCAGAAAAAUACAAUAUGUUGAUUCAUAGGUCUUCCACAUAUUGCACAUAUAAACAACACCUGUCAGUGUUUCACUUGGGGUGUGUGUGUAUAUAUAUAUAUAUGAAUAAAACAUAUAUUUUCAUCAGGUUUUUGGAUUGUAUUUUCAACAUCUUUGGAUAAAUGAGAAAGGAAAAAUAUGUAUAUAUUAUCAUUGCACUGAGAAUAAAAACCAACAAACAGCUGAUCAGGUGCAAUCCCAGUGAAUAGAUGCACAUAUUCUUUAAAAACAAUUAUUUAAUAAGUUAAAUAAGCAAAGAAAUACCUAGAUAAAAUAUCUGCCAAGGCAGAACACAGUGGUACUUUUUUUUCGGGAGACCUGUCACGUUAGGUUGUACUGUACAUUUUUAGACUGUACUCACCUAUCCAGUCAUCCAUCAAUCCCCAUCAUUGCUGUAAAUGUGGAUUAUAGAAAGACGAGAAAUGUGCUUUUAAUAAAGAAC